GACAGCAAAAAAAGGGUCCGGGUUUUAGCUAAUACCGUUCUUUAAAUGGUUUGAAUCUGUAUUUACUUGUUCAGUUUCAAUAUACCAUCACAGUGCAGCUGUAUUUUAACAAAACAAUCUCAGCCGGGACACGCGAUGGAGAGUGAAUAUUUCUAAGAUAAAAAAAUAAGUACGUAAAGUUGAACCGGAUAGCUAGCUCAUGAUAGCUGAAUAAUCGUUGCUGGGCACCAGUCUUUUUGUUUACCGACACUUCCAACUCUGCACGUUCCCUUGUUGUUACGACCGAGCUUGCUAACUGCUCAAUUUAAGCAUUACCUAGCUAAAUUACACCCGCCUACUGUUUCAGCUACGAGAAAGGAAACGGGCAUGGGCGAAUUUCUCGAAAAUCCGUCAGUUCUCACGAAGGAUAAACUCAAAAGUGAGCUCACGGCCAACAAUGUGCCGCUUCCCAUCUCUGAGCAGAAGAAACGUGUAUAUGUUCAAUUGUACUUGAAGAACUUGACCGUUCUGAACCAGAAAAGUCCACUUACAGACAUGUUCUCCAGUGAUGAAGAACUACCUACCUCUAUAGUCUCCAACAAGAGUCUUUCUGGAAGAAAAUCCACCAGGAAGACUGACAACCCUCGGUCAGAAGAAGUGGAAGUGACAGACCUUACAGAUGCAGGCUUAAACGAUGAGCUGUUGAAGCAUGGCGUCAAUGUUGGACCCAUAGUUAGCUGCACUCGCAUUCUUUAUGAGAAGAAGCUUCAGAAGCUACUGGAUACACCUGCCGCUGAGGCUACCCCUAGCCUAUCUGAAACUGCCACAGUUACCGCUGCAGCAGUCAAGGCAGACUGCAACCAGAACGGCAACACACUCUCUGACCAGUACAGUGACAAGGACGAAGACGAGAUUGCGGCUGCUCCUGAACCAGAGCCAGCUCCUGUUGUGGAGAAGCCUGUGAUGAGCAGAGGGAAGACUCCUGUCACCAUCAGGACCAGCAGCAGACGGAGCAACAAGGUGGUGGAUGAGGGUCUAGCAACUGGUGACCAGACCCCUAAGAAGACGGGGAAGAAUGUUGAGGAGAUUCUCGCUAAUGAGAUCCUUUCACCUAUAGGCAUCAGCGCCACCUGCAGGAGAUCGAUCCGUGGUGCGGCUGGCCGACCGGUGAAACCCAGCAACUAUUGGCUGAACGAGUCUCUCCUGGGGCGCUCCAUCGACACAGAGUCUCACUCUGAGUGCAGCUCCCUGGGCUCAGAACCGGCCAGGCCAGGAUUCCUCUCUGUCCUACUAAAGCUCAUGGUGCUCAUCACUGUAGCCGGUUCCAUCUACUUCGUCAUCCAGCACCUUGAUGCAGAUCAGGUCCAGUCCGUCAAGGGUUUGAUAAACGACGCCAAGGGUCACCUGUGUAGCACGGUUGAUAAGGUGGUAGAUGCCGUGGUCGAUAAUGUGAUUGUGCCGCUGGGCAUCAGGGCCAGCAGCAGCCAAAGUGCAGGAGCUGAGGGUGGAGGCAAGUAAGCAAUGCACCUACUCCACCCUGCUCUCUUUUAUUAUAAUUUUCCCCACUAUUUUACCAGGCUGUCCAAUUGAGGUCAAAAGACCUCUUGGUCAAGAGGCCUGGCCAUGCCCUGUUUUGCCAUCGACCCCCCCCACCCCCCCUUCAUCUGGUCACCAACCCAAUCUUAAUCUAUUUAUACAUGGUUGCCCAUCUUGGAGGGCUGACUGACAUUUAAUCUGGGCUGGUAGACUGUCUCACCCUGUCCCCUCCUUGUUCACUUCUCCUCGCCCCCGCUAAGGAGAGAAAGGAGGGGCAUUCAACCUAACCAACACCAGCUUCCUGGAAAACAAACCAACACCGUCUUGGUCAUGACAGUCUGAAUAGACUAGUUUUUAUUAAGUUGUUUUUAAUCAUAGUGUGAAGUGCAUUUAGUGUAUUAUUUGUGUGUAUUUUUCACUUGUGUGUCGAUAGAUCUCCCAUGUGGUAUGGUGAGGACAGGUCACAUGCAUGGUUGUAGUUUUUGAAGGACAUGGUUGUAGUUUUCGGGGUGUCUUUUGUGCCAGGCACAUUGUUAGAACAUGCAUAGUGCCCGGGUUUAGGUCAAUUCCAUUUAAAUUCCAGUCAAUUCAGAAAGUAAACAAAAUUCAAAUUCCAAAGGUUCCUCAUAAAAAGCUUUGAAGAGAAUGGGAAUUGGAGUGUACUUCCUGAAUUGAAAUGGAAUUGACCCCAAACCUGCUACUAAUUACAGAAAUAUCUACAAUUAUUUACAAGUAUUUCUGUUUUGAUUUUGAAUAUACACUAGUAUUAAUAAUAGAGAUAGGUAGAAUAAUGUUUUUAAACUAUGAUUUAAAUGGUGCUCAGGUCUAUUCUAAUUUGCUCUAAGUUAAUUGGAUCACUGCUGCGAGGAGUCAUAAUACUGUCCAAUAGUGUUAAAUAAGGUUUUGUCACUGAAUGAGGAGAAGCACUUUUUCAUGCUAUAAACUAUGAGUUUGAUUGCUAAAACUAUUAGUUGUCUUUAAACUCCUCGUGUAGAGCCCUCAGUACAUUGAAAAGCUGUUGGGGAGAUUAACUGCAGUAAGUAAGCCUGGUCCCAGGUCUGUUUGUGCUAUCUUGCCAACUCUCUUGGUCAUUGUCAGGAGGACUUGGCAAGACAGCCAAAUCAGAUUUGGGACCAGUCUAGCGGUAAGUGGUCUGGUAGUUGAAUGGCUCAUCAUAGUUCCAGAGUUGAAGUGUGAUGACUACAUCCCAGUGUGUGUUUCAUCUUUAGUGCUUUGUUGCUCUGAAGAUUCAAGAUCCUUCAGUCCUAUCUAAAGGGCAUGCUCACCGUAGCAAAAAGUUUUGAAACAGGAAAACACAAAUGGGUAUUCCUUAUUGGACAAAUAUUCCCUGAUUCUGUGUUUUUUCCCCGUGUGGUGCCGAAUGAACACGACCUAGGACCGGCUGUCUUUAUAUUUAGUGCAUCCACACAGCCCUUCCUAAUGGUUCCAUACAUACUACUACGGAUCUUGGAAGAAUUCUAUUUUGGCAAAAGAAAGUUGAGCAAGUAAAAUGGCUCAUGAUACUAUUCUAAUUUGAAUGAGUCAAAAACUCAAAUAGAGUUUGCCUCUUGUGCACUUAAUACUAAUGUAAUACUAAUGGGGACAAUAAUUACCUGAGGAGACAACUAGUAAAAGUGUUAGCCACUUAACUUAUGUUGACCAUUUACUGACUUUUACUUGUCAAGAAGUUGACAUGUUCGUCCACACUGUUUGAAAAAAAAUUAUUUUAUUUAUUUCCGUAUUUUUCUAAUGUGAAUUGUGAACUUUUUUAUUAUCUUAUUGUAGAGAAAUAAAGUACCAUAGGUGAAAGUAGGAUGUCAUAUUUUUUUAAAGUGCUAUCCUAAAUCUGAACCUCUUUGUUUACUUGUUACACAGGUGAAUAUAUUAAAGAUUCAAUGUUUUUGACUUUGAUCAGGCAGCUAGCUUCCCAAGCAAGGAUGAAAGUAUAUGGUGGGGUUAAGGUUUUUUAUCUGUUUUUAUU